AUGGCGCGUACUCUGAUCCCUCUCCUCUCCGCCCUCCUACUCCUCAUCGUAGGAGCAAGCGCCCAAUUCCAGUUUUUCGAUCAAAUGUUCAAUGGACAACAAGAACAAAGACAUGAACCCCAAAACGGCCCCAGCGAUUCAGGCUGGUACCAACAGAACUACGAAAACGGUACUACCCCUCCUCCCCGCCCUCUGAAUCCCAGGAUGAUGGAAGCCAAGCUAAUGUAG